AAAAAGUAAAAAAGAAGGCGUAUAUUUGUACGAUCGAUACCGUACAACUCCGAGAUCUCCUUGUUUCCUCUGCAACCCGAGCCCUUUCCAGAGCUACGAACGAACCCUAGCGCAAAAAGGCUUCUAGCUCCUCCAGAAAUUGCAGAUCUCCACGCGCUGAUUAUGUUGCAAGCUUUUUUUCGCAGCUCUGGAAGUUUCUUGUGAUCUUGAAGAUUGAGAACUUGCAAAAGGAGAUUCAUAGAGCAAAGAGUGUGAGACUGAAUACUUUUGUAGUCUGCUGUGAAAUUCUUGCAUCUCGGUGAAGUGAGAGGCUUGAAACCGUUCAUUUGAUUUGUUGAGAAUUAUACCUAUAAAAAAACUUUUCAUUUGAUUUGUUUGAGAAUUAUGGGAUCCAGAAAUGAAAUGGGGAGAUAUGGAGGGAAAUAAUAGUUGUAACUUGUAUUGAUUAAAUAAGGGAUGCAAGUUUUAUUAGAAGUGGGUUACAUAUGUUUCGGCGUUUGGGGUGGUUCAUUGGUCUGAAUUAUACGAGUUGGUCGACAAAGAGGUUGCCUGAUGCAAAACCCCGCCCGGCUAGGGUUAAGCCGGUGGCCAUGUUGGACACUGUGCAGGAAAUUGCCAUUUACAUUCAUAGGUUUCACAAUCUUGACCUGUUUCAGCAAGGGUGGUAUCAAAUUAAGAUUACCAUCAGAUGGGAAGACGGUGAGUACACUUCUUUGGGAACUCCAGCAAGGGUUGUUCAAUAUGAAGCCCCUGACCUCGGUUCUGAUGAUGUAUAUGGAGUAUGGAGGAUUGAUGACACAGACAACAGCUUCUCAACACAGCCUUUCCGGGUCAAGUAUGCGAGGCAGGAUGUUCUUUUAUCUAUCAUGAUUUCAUUCAAUCUACCUCUUGGUAGAUAUGAGGGUCCACCCACAUCUGCAGUUAUAUUGAAGUUUGAGCUUAUGUAUGCUCCAGUAAUAGAAAAAGGGUCUAAGGUACUCGCUUCUCUUGAUGCUUCCCCUGCUGCAGUGCAUGAAUUUCGAAUUCCUCCUAAAGCUCUUCUAGGGUUGCAUUCUUAUUGUCCUGUUCAUUUUGAUGCUUUCCAUGCUGUGCUUGUUGAUGUAAGCAUACACACAAGUCUGCUGAAGGCUGGUUCUUCCGUGUCCCCAAUGAAGGUACCCAGUGAUUUCUGCACUACCGAAGAUGAUGCUGGUGACAGUUUUUUUGGCUCGAAUCUAGCGUUGGGUGGUCAGGUGGCUUCUGUACAUUUGAAAGAGAUCAUGCUUAUUAAAGCAUUAUUAACUUCUCGUGACAUUUUGCUUGAGGAGCUACAAAAACUUAGCCGAGAAAUUGACAAAGCUGUUGAUUUGACUGAUUUUAUAUCCAAAAUGGAUGAUAUGAAGUUGUUUGAUCCUGUCCUGCGAGCAAAUCUUGGUGCUUCUGAUGGUCAAGUUUCAGGACAAGGCAAGCCACGAAAUGGUCUUGAGAAAUCAAAUGGUACUCUAGAUCUUCGGAGUGAGGAAUUGCUUCGCUGCUUAUCACAGGGUGAUUUAUUGAACUCUUUUAACACGUUGGGAGAUCAAAUGUCAUAUUUAUGGAAUGCUUUUCUGAAGUUUCACAGGGGUAAUGAAAGGAAGAUUUUGGAAUUCUUGCGUGAUAUAUGGGCUAAGGAUCGGAGAGCUGAAUGGUCCAUAUGGAUGGUAUACUCUAAGGUUGAAAUGCCUCAUCAUUAUAUAAAUAGUGGACUUGAUGAGUCUUCUCACCAUGGUGUACAUAAAAGAGUUUCAAGUAUGUGGAAGUUAACUGAUGAUCCUGCCCAGGCUGCAGCCAUGCGUGCUGAGCUUCAUAGGCGAAGUAUUUUACAGAUGAAUAUCAACAAUAGGUCAAUUCAAGACAUGCACCUAUUUGGGAAUCCUUCACAGAUUCCUAUUGUAAUUAUAGAACGUGUGACGAAUGCUCCACGCCGUACUACUAGUGCAAAUUCAUACCUGAGACAUCAGGAUGUGAUAGACUCACAGGGAUUGCUCAUUGGACCAAGUUCUGCAUCUGUCAUCAAGCAAUCUGACUUUAGCUUACACCAAAAUGCCCGUGCUUUGAAGAUUGUUGUCUUUGUGCAUGGGUUUCAGGGGCAUCACCUGGAUUUACGGCUUGUUCGGAAUCAAUGGCUUCUGUUAGAUCCGAAGACACAUUUUCUUAUGUCAGAGGCAAAUGAGGACAAAACAUCUGAUGAUUUCAGAGAAAUGGGACUAAGGCUGGCUCAGGAAGUGGUUUCUUUCGUUAAAAAGAAAAUGGAUAAAGUUUCACGAUCUGGAGCCCUAGGAGAUAUCAGACUUAGUUUUGUGGGACAUUCUAUUGGAAACAUCAUUAUCAGAACAGCAUUAGCAGAGAACAUUAUGGAGCCAUUCCUAAGAUACCUAUAUACUUAUGUUUCAAUAUCUGGUCCACACCUGGGUUAUCUUUAUAGUUCAAACUCUUUAUUUAACUCUGGGUUAUGGCUUUUGAAGAAGCUCAAGGGUACACAGUGCAUUCAUCAGCUAACUUUCACAGAUGAUCCAGAUCUCCAAAAUACAUUCUUGUAUAAACUGUGUAAGGAGAAAACACUGGAGAGAUUUAAGCAUGUAAUCCUGUUAUCUUCGCCCCAGGAUGGUUAUGUUCCAUAUCAUUCAGCCAGAAUUGAGUCAUGCCAAGCAGCUUCCUUGGACUCCUCAAAAAAAUCUAAAGCAUUUCUCGACAUGCUAAAUAAUUGCUUGGACCAAGUACGAGCUCCUUCUUCUGAGUAUCGUGUGUUCAUGCGCUGUGAUGUCAACUUUGAUACAUCCUCCUACGGCAAGAACUUGAACACCUUCAUCGGACGAGCCGCUCAUAUCGAGUUUUUGGAGUCCGACUUUUUUGCAAGGUUCAUAAUGUGGUCUUUCCCCGAAUUUUUUCGUUAAAUGGAUGAGGGAGGACCCUUUCUUCCUUGGCAUUCUUCAUGCUUCUGUGGCCAGUCUUCAGUGGGACAUUCUUACUAUUCCAGCAUCAGCGACCAUUGAUGGUGGGUGGGGUGGGGGAACUUAUGUAUCCAUUGGCCAUUGUGAAUUAUUUGGUUGUAGCAUGUUCCGCCCGAAUGAAAGUUGAGUCUGAGACUUAGGAUGAAUGUGAAUCAUAAUGUGCUUCCCAAGAGGCUUUGGGAUCUGACGGUUAUAAGGAAUAGUGAUGUAAUUACUUGCUAUAGGAGAGGGUUAGAUUCCUACUA